UACUGCGCAUGCCCGGGGAAUACGUUGAUCCUGCCAGACCAUCCCGACUUCCUGUGGAAGGAGAGAAGUGUUUUACACGAUUAUCUAUCCGAGGCCUACGUUUAUACUCUAACGGGCAAUGGCUCUCCUCGUCACCCUGUGAUGUCUAACUAGUCAGGGAGUUUAUUUAGUAAGUUAUCACAGGACGUCAACAAAGCCAGCACUUUAAUUAGACGUCCUGCUGUCACCCGGUUUGCGUUAAUUCGGCUACACUGUUAGCCGGAGGCGCAAGCUAACGCUAGUCGUUCGCAUUAAGAUUCUCUAAUUGUGAUCCCGGUGUCUAUUUCAAGAUGUCAAGUACGGGGUUCAACUCUCGUAACGGGACAGGGCAGACCUAUGCAAACGGUCCUUCCCAGAACCCAGGAAUGGGCUUCAACAUCGGUUCCCAAGCGCCAUACAGUCCAAUGCCGACCAAGGGCCCAGUGGCCCCUGGAGCUGGACUCUACAAUUCUGGUCCUUACCAGCCAGGCCCCCCAGCAGGCCCUUACCAGCCCGGGCCCCCUGCUGGUGCCUACCAGCCCGGGCCCCCUGCUGGGGCCUUCCAGCCUGGCCCCCAAGCGGGUCCCUACCAGCCGGCUGCACCCGUCAGUUCAUACCAUCCUCCUCCAGGCCAGCCCCCGUUGACCAGACCCCCAAUGGGAGGUCCGCCACCAACGCUCACCCCCCCGCAGUCCAGCAGCCCCGCUCCCAGGAUGCCCCACGCGCAGGCUACUCCUCCACCUCCUGCUGCCAUGUCGCACAACUACUACCCAAACCAGCCGCCGCAGCAGUCGCCGUCCCCUGCCUGGCAGUACGGCGCCGCUGCCCCCCCGGCCGCAGCACCACACGGAGCCAUGAGGGCACCCCCGUCCGGCCCGGUGGGUAACCACGUUGGGCCGAUGAACCCAGCGGCUACACUACCCCCUCCCCAGCCGUCGCCCUCCUCAUCGGCGGGGUAUGCACCCACACCACUAGCUCCCGUCCCGCACAGCACUGCGCCUGGCUCCGGACCGGGGCCUGUCCCCCUCCACGGAUACACUCAGCCAGGAAAUGCUUCAACUCCCCCCCCCAUGGCCCCCCAUCCAUAUCAACCAGCCAGUGCCCCCUACAGGGCCCUGCCCACUGGACACGCCAUGCCUCCUAUGGGACCCCCACCUAUGGGCAAUGCUACCCCUCCACCCCCCAAGGCCGAGGGCCCUUCAGCCGGCAAUGGCCACCAGGCUCCAUACGCCUUUAAUCAUCUGGAGAACAAAAUGGCCGGCGCUCCUCAGUCCGGCCCCCCCGGCAGACACCUGGGCCACUACCCGUCCCUCCCUCCAGGGUACAAUAACACGCCCGCGUCCCAGGGCGCCGCGCCCCCAAUGCACCCUCCCAUGCAGACGGCCCCGUCGCAAUACCCCCCGCAGCCCCAGCUCUACCAGCAGCCACCAGGUGGGCCCGGCCCGGCACAGAUGAGCUCCUCCCUGGCCUCUCUGAGCCUGCAGGGCAACACGCCCGAGGCCCUGAGGGUGGUCAACCUCCUGCAGGAGAGGAACCUGCUGCCCGCCGGACCCAUCCCCGCCCCCACGCCCCCCCUGCCCCAGGACCUGCAGAAGGUCAACUGUAACCCAGAAGUUUUCCGAUGCACCUUGUCCAGCAUCCCUCAGACGCAGAGCCUGUUGAACAAAGCCAAGCUGCCCCUGGGUCUGCUCCUCCACCCGUUCAAAGACCUCUCGGUAACUCUGCAACUCCCCGUGGUGACGUCCAGCACCAUCGUGCGCUGCCGCUCCUGCAGGACCUACAUCAACCCCUUCGUGUCCUUCCUGGACCAGAGGAGGUGGAAGUGUAACCUCUGCUUCCGGGUCAAUGACGUGCCGGAGGAGUUCAUGUACAACCCCAUCAGCAGGUCUUACGGCGAGCCUCAGAAACGACCCGAGGUCCAAAAUGCCACCAUCGAGUUCAUAGCGCCCUCUGAAUACAUGCUGCGGCCCCCCCAGCCUGCCGUUUACCUCUUCGUGCUGGAUGUGUCCCACAACGCAGUGGAGACGGGCUACCUCAACGUGGUCUGCCAAUCGCUGCUGGACAACAUCAGCGCGCUCCCCGGCGACACGCGCACUAAGGUUGGCUUCAUCACCUUCGACAGCACCAUCCACUUCUACAACCUCCAGGAGGGGCUGUCCCAGCCACAGAUGCUCAUCGUGUCGGAUAUCGAAGAAAUAUUUUUACCAACGCCAGACAGCCUUCUAGUGAACCUCAAUGAAUGCAAAGAGCUGGUGCAGGACCUGCUCAAGAGUCUGCCCCACAUAUUUGAGAAGACCAUGGAGACCCAGUCGGCCCUGGGCCCCGCGCUGCAGGCGGCCUUCAAGCUGCUGUCGCCCACCGGCGGCCGCGUGUCCGUCUUCCAGACCCAGCUACCAAGCAUGGGCGUGGGGGCGCUCAAGUCCAGGGAAGACCCCAACCAGCGAGCCUCUGCCAAGGAUAUUCAGCACUUAGCCCCCGCCACAGACUUCUACAAGAAGCUGGCUCUGGACUGCUCGGGCCAGCAGGUGGCCGUGGACCUGUUCCUCCUCAGUGCUCAGUAUUGUGACCUGGCAUCGCUAGGAUGCAUAUCCAGGUACUCUGCAGGAAGCGUGUACUACUACCCCUCCUACCACCACCAGCAUAACCCCGCCCAGGUGGAGCGCUUCGAGAAGGACCUCAAGCGGUACCUCACCCGCAAGAUCGGCUUCGAGGCCGUGAUGAGGAUACGCUGCACCAAAGGUCUGUCCAUUCACACCUUCCAUGGGAACUUCUUUGUGCGUUCCACGGACCUGCUGUCCCUGCCCAACGUGAACCCGGACGCGGGCUUCGCGGUGCAGAUGUCCAUCGAGGAGAACCUGGUGGACAUGCAGGUGGUGUCCUUCCAGGCCGCGCUGCUCUACACCUCAAGCAAAGGAGAGCGCAGGAUCCGCGUCCACACCCUCUGUCUCCCCGUGGUCAACUCCCUGACCGAUGUCUUCGCUGGAGCGGACGUUCAGGCUGUCACCGGGUUGUUGGCUAGCAUGGCUGUGGACCGCUCCGUGUCGGCGAGUCUGGGCGACGCCCGGGACGCCAUGACCAACGCGGCCAUCGACUCGCUGGCGUCGUACCGCCACGCCGCGUUGACCAUCCAGCAGCCCGGCCUGCUGGCCCCCGCCUGCCUGCGCCUCUUCCCCCUCUACGUCCUCGCGCUGCUCAAACAGAAAGCCUUCAGGACAGGCACCAGCACCAGGCUGGAUGACCGGGUGUUCUCCAUGUGUCAGCUCAAGUUCCAGCCCCUGGUGUACGCCAUGCUGAUGAUCCAUCCCACCCUCUACCGCGUGGAUGACCUCUCAGACCAGGGUGCUCUGAACAUCAGCGAGCGCACCAUCCCACAGCCCCGGGAGCUGCAGCUCUCUGUGGAGAAGCUGUGUCGGGAAGGGGCCUUCCUCAUGGACGCUGGAUCGGUGAUGCAUCUAUGGGUAGGAAGGAGCUGCAACCCCUCCUUCCUCACUCAGGUCUUGGGCGUACCGGACUAUGCUGCCUUGCCUCAGAACAUGUACCAGCUCCCCGAGCUGGAGACGGCAGAGUCACAGAGAACCAGGGCAUUCAUCGGCUGGCUCCGGGAGCAGAGGCCCUUCUACCCGAGCCUCCAUAUCAUCAGGGACGACAGCCCGCAGAAGGGGGACUUCAUGCAAAACAUGAUCGAGGACCGGACCGAGUCGGCUCUGUCCUACUACGAGUUCCUGCUGCACAUCCAACAGCAGAUCUCCAAGUAAUAGACUCUCGCCGGAGCCACAGGAAGACACGGAGGCUGUGUGUGUGUGCUUGCGUAUGUGUGGUGUGAGUGUCAUGAGCGUGCGUGCGUGCGUGUGUGUGGUAUGUGUGUGCGUGUGCGUUGGCAGGGCGAGGGCUGCGCUCGUUUCCAGGGUAAGCUCCUGCGCCACCUCCAGUUGUAGUCUCACAUCUUUCUUUUCCUCCGAUCCAUGAAAAUGCUCAGCAACCACAACGACAACCGUUCCUACGUGACUCAACAACCUGAUCCAACGCAAGCAUUCAUUCAAAGAAACCAAAUAACGUUUAAUGGAUUGAGCACCUACAGAGAGAUGAAUAACGUGGAUCAUAACGCAUCGCACUCAUUGGAAUAAUGAAUUGUGGA